AUGGCCACGACCAUGGCGGCAAAUAGACCGGUUCACUUUGCCCUGCGAGCACUGCAGCUCAUUUUUGCCAUAAUAGUCAUAGGAACAGACGGCUACGCUAUCCAUGUGUUUCGCGGCCACGAGGUCUACGAACAAUUCGUGUACGGCAACUUCUACGAUUACUACGGCGUCCCUGAUGCGUGGGGCUUCUUAAUGUUCUGUGCUGGGUGGACAUUUCUGGGCGUCAUCUUCCUCCUCAUUGCUGGAAACAGGUUCGCGGAUCAUAGAUUGAUUGGCUACAUUCGUGUCGCCGUCGAGGCUGUGGCUCUUCUCUCAUGGACUGCUGGUUUCAUUGCCUCGGCGAUCAACAUAGGGACCAAUGCAUGUCCGGCACAAGAGAACCACUGUCGGGCGAUCACGGCGGCGACAGUCUUUGGGGCGCUGGAAAUGCUGCUAUUCGUUAUUACCACAACCCUGACCUUCAAGCUCGUCUUCAACGGCACUCGUGGGCGAAAGACUUCCAAGACCAGUUCCGAUAUACCUAUUUGA